AUAAUGACUCACUCGACUCGGUUUAAAAAUCUAUGCACAAUAUUUAAUGUCUAUUACAAUAAUUUUAAUGAUGAGAGUAGUGCAAAUGAGCCCUAAUAUUUCACAAUUUUCUCGGAGGUGACCACAGGAACCCCUUCCGCACCUACUCCCUCGGUGCUUCGUGCGUCGGGUUUCAACUUCGGGCCUACACAUUGAAAUAGUGCUAGCUACGCCCCUGGCAACCACACAAUAUUUAGAUUAGCCAUGGACCCCCUCCACAGUGCCCAAGAUGCUGUCCGAUGUGACCUUUGUGAGACAGCUAUAGUCCAGAUGUACUGUGAUUUAUGCCAUGUCAACCUGUGCAUUGCCUGUUUAGGCAAACAUGUUGCUGAUGACUAUGACAAACACAAAGUGGUCCCAUUCCAUACUCGAAAAUCAACAUUAAUCUAUCCCAAGUGUAGUACACAUCAAACUGAAAAUUGUAAAUUGCAAUGUAAGGAAUGUGACGUGUUUGUCUGUUUAUUGUGUGCUGCUGAAGAUAAACACAAGGGUCAUACAUUUUCAAUUCUUUCUGAAAUCUACAACAAAAGAAAAGCAGACAUUACUAAAGAUUCAGAGGAGAUAAUAAACAUAAUUUCUCCAACAUAUGAAGAAAUGGCCAUUGAUUUAGAAACUCAAAUAACCAACUUGGAUAGGGAAUAUGUGAAAUUCACAACAGUAGUUACAAAACAUGGAGAGGAAUGGCACAAGGAAGUUGACAAUGUCAUCAACAAAGUGGAAAAUGAAAUAGAAGAGAUGAAAAUCAAACACCUGGGAAUUCUAAAGAAACAUUUGGAUGAAAUUAAGCAGAUACGGUCCCUUAUUGAGCAAUCACUGAUUACUCUGAAGAAAAUGGAGGAAUCCAAUGAAGUGUCUGUGACCAUGGAAUACAGAUCCGAAAACAAAGAAUUCAGAAAACUUCCUCCCAAAGUCCGAGUCUCACUGCCUGCAUUUAGUCCAAACAUGAUAGACAGUGAACAGCUUUACAAGUCACUGGGAUCUUUGAUACCAUUAUCAUUUACGAUAGAUGGAAAUGGCUACACACUGAAGAAAACAGAAACCUCACCCAAAGAACUGAUGGUUGAACCAGAGCUUGUCACUACAUUAAAUACUGGGUACGAAGACCUCCACAGUCUUGCCUGUCUGAAUGAAGAAGAAUUCUGGACAAGUGCAGAAUCUGUCAGUGAUAUGAAAUGCUUUAAUGUUCAAGGUGCAGUUAUCAAUACAACCAAAACAAAAUCAGGGGAAUAUCCAUAUGAUAUAGCAGUGACAAGUGAUGGGGAUCUAGUGUACUCUGACUGGGCAAAAAAUACUGUGAAUAAAGUGAAGAGUGGACAGACAGAGGAGGUGAUCAGACUACAGGGCUGGAAACCCAGCCAACUCUGUGUCACCUCAUGUGGUGAUCUCCUGGUUGCCAUGUUCAGUGAUGAUGCAACACAAUCCAAAGUUGUCCGUUACUCAGGUUCCACAGAGAAACAAACAAUCCAGUAUGAUGAUGAGGGUAAGCCUCUAUAUUCAGGAAAUUCUUUUACUAAACACAUCAGUGAGAACAGGAACCUGGAUAUCUGUGUGGCUGACUUUGUAGCUGGGGCAGUAGUGGUGGUCAACCAGGCUGGAAAACUUCGAUUUAGAUACACUGAUCAUCCCUCUAAUAAUACCGAAAACGAACCAUUCCAACCCUGGGGAAUAACAACAGACAGUCAGAGUCAUAUCCUGAUAGCAGACAUUGAUAAACGCUGUAUCCAAAUCUUGGACCAGAAUGGACAGUUCCUCCGCUAUAUAGAUAACUGUGAUCUGAAGGACCCAUCUGUUUUAUGUAUGGACAAAAGUGACAACUUGUUUGUUGCUGAGUAUUGUAGUGGAAAUGUGAAGAAAAUCAAAUAUGUGCAAUGAAUACUAUUGUUUAUAGUCAAGCUGGAGACACCAUGGCUUUAUGCUCAAAUUUCAAAUUAAUUAUCGAGCUCAACCUACUUAUAAAACUUUACAUGGGAUAAUACAGAUGUAGAUACCGAUAUCCACUCCACUCCAGGCUUAAUAACCCCAGGUUCCAUCGUUUGAAAUUUACGAUAAAAAAAAAACUUAAAUCCGCACAACUUAGGAACGUUUACAUAUUAAUAUGAUUUUAUAUUUGAUAUAACGACGUCAGUGACGUUAAUUCUAUGAGAGAUGCUCACAUUCUGAAACACAAGUAACAAACCUUGUUGAUAGGAGAUCUUAUUGGUAUAUAUUUAGGGGUUGAAAAUUUAAUUCACAUACUCAAGUCGGGACUUGAGGGGCCAACUUUUGCCAAGUCCCACAGGGAACCAUCCAAGUCCAGACUGAAUUUAAAAAUGUGUUAUUGUUUUUAUAUAAUUACAUUAUAAUCAUCAAAUGGCUUAAUAAAUACCAGUAUUUACAUUUUCAAUCUUUUUAUUCUGGCUAUUGGCGUCUUCGGUGAUGUAUCUCGACGGGUCGUUCGCAAGAAAGCAAAAAAUAUAGAGUUGUGAAUUUGAACUUGUUAAGAUAUUUUAUUCUAAAAUACAGUCAUUUUUAUUAUC